UGACACUCUCUAUGAGAAAGUCCUAGCAUCGCACUUGUCUUCCUCCCCGCACGAUCAAACAUUGUCACCCAACAGUCAUUCCGAGUAACACCAAGAUGGUUCAACGACAAGAUAGCACUCCAUUCACACCGCAAUUCGACUCCCUAGUCCAGGAACAGCUGGAGAAAUGGAAGGUGCCUGGCGUCACAAUUUCAGUGGUCCACGGGUCGAGCACUUAUGCGAAAGCAUACGGAUUUGCGGUACUCCCAGACAAGGAAAUGACCCUUGACUCUCUCUUCACCACAUGUAGCACUACUAAAGCCUUCACUGCUGCUGCUGUAUCCAUGGCGAUUGAUGAUAGUAUAAAGUCUCCCUCACCGCUCACAUGGGAUACACCGAUAGCAUCACUGAUUCGCGAUGAUUUUGUUCUCGCCGACGACCAUGCCACGGUGAACACGACACUGGAAGAUGCUCUUUCGCAUAGGUCUGGUUUACCAGGCCAUAUAUAUGCGAUGGUCGGUGCAUAUCCAGAUGAAAGCUUGCGCGACGCCGUUCGAAAACUGAGACAUUUACCUCUAGCAUACCCACCGCGGACGACGUUUGACUAUUGUAAUCACAUGUUCAUGGUAGUCUCUCAUGUUUUAGAGAAAAUCGCAGGCGAGCCACUCGGUGAGAUCCUGAAAAAGCGUAUCUGGGAUCCGCUCAAUAUGAAAGAUACGUACUUUUCUGUCCAGGAUGUCAAAAGAUGUCCAUCGACUAGCCCACGGCUGGUCCAAGGCUACACGUGGGUUCCAGAAAAAGGUUCAUACGUGGCCGAACCGCAUAUGAAUUAUGCACCUACGACUGGAACAGGAGCCAUAGUCAGCAAUGUUCUCGAUUACGCAAAGUGGUUGAGGGCCUUGAUAUACCAAGCAGGACCUAUAUCACGGGAGGGACAUGCGGCAGUUGUUCAACCCCGGAGUGUGAUCUCUAACGAUGAACAGGAUACUGUAUAUCCACCUGCACCAUACCACUUAUAUGCCCUAGGCUGGUUUGUGGACACUUACCAGGGCCAGCAUUUAUACUGGCAUAGCGGGGGCUGGCCUGGAUUCGGGAUAAUGGUGGGGUUCAUUCCGGAACUACACUUCGGGUUUGCGAUAAUGGGGAAUACACAGAGGGCGAGAAAUGCGCAGUUGGAGUUAUACCUCUACUUGAUCGAUACAUUGCUAGGAGUUUCUGGCAAUGAACGGGCACAGUUCGUGGCAAAGAUGACGAAGAGAAUGAAUGGGAUCGCGGAAAUGAACUCUGAAAGUAUUAAUGACUCGAAGAAACGAUUAUUCCAUUCCAUUCCUGCCAUGCCAAUCCCCCAUUCCCUACCAUUGGAUGGGUAUACUGGGGCCUAUAGGCAUUCAGGUUAUGGUGUCAUUACGUUGAGGGUCGAAAAUGGGCAUUUAUAUUCGGACCUAAGAGACCGAGUGGAAGCGAUGACAAUCCAAUUGGAGCAUGCAGUAGGAGAGUUCUUUGUGGCAAAAAUAUCCACGCAUUCUCUGUCUCAAUGUUUCAAGGCCGAAUUUUAUGUCGACUCGACCGCGACUGCACGGAAAGUUGGGAUGGAGUUGGAGCCAGCAUUGGGCGAUAAGAUGAUUUGGUUUGAGCGCUGUCUGUAAAUAUGCUGCCUAUUGUACGAAAUGGUGAGAUUGAUCUCACUGGUUAUAUCUCUCUUGCUUUCAAGUUGUAGAAGAUAUAUCGGUGAUGUUAUGGUGGGACAUAUCGCAUUGCUAGCCCCAGGCAUCUAUCACACCGAGGGCCUGGGUGAUCGGCAGAAUCCCCACUAGGCUGCCUGAUACUGCCUGGUAUUGCCUAGAUUAAGAUAAAUUAGUGGAGCUUACGCCUAGAGAGCGGUAUGCAUUCU